AGGCCUGGCGCCUGCGGUCUUGGCUGAGUAGUGUGCGGCGGACGUGACGCCGUGCCCGGGCCACUGGCGGCACUGGUUCCCUGUCCGAGGGUGUCCCUUGCUCAGGGAUGGACCCGCAGGCCGCAGCGCGCAGCAUGCUUCUGCUCGCGGUCCUGAUGCUGUCUGCGGAGCCCGGGAGCGGAGCUGUGACUAGCACGGAGGAUCCGGAGCCGCCCCCGGUUCCUGUACCAACGAAUGUUCUAAUUACCUCCUAUAACAUGAACCCUAUCCUAUGCUGGAAAUACCAGAACAUGUCACAGACUCCCUUUUUUACUGUACAGGUAAAGAAUUAUGGAAGUAAAUGGAUUGAUUCUUGCACCAACAUUUCUGAUCAUUGUUGUAAUAUCUAUGAAGAAAUUGCUAAUCCUGAUGAAUCUGUCUGGGCCAGAGUUAAAGCUAAGGUUGGACAGAAAGAAUCUGUCUAUGCAGAGUCAAAAGAGUUUAUUACAUGCCGACAAGGAAAAGUUGGACCACCUGGCUUGGACAUCAGAAGGAAGGAAGACUGGCUCGUUGUCCAUGUGUUUCACCCUGAGGUUAUUAUAAACGGAGAAAGGCUUGGAGUGAUGUUUGAUGAUAUUAGCACCUGUCACACAUUCGACUACACAGUGUACAUGAAAAAUAUUACAAGUGGAAAGACCCUAGAGAAGAAGCAUGAGGUUGAUAUAGAAGAUUGUAAUGAGACCCUGUGCCAGUUAAGCAUCGUCGUGCCCACACUGGACUCUGAAUACUGUGCUUCCGUAGAUGGGCUCUCAAAAUACUGGAAUGUUAGAACAGAAAAGUCGGAAGACGUCUGUAUUUCCCUUUUCCAUAACAACAGAAAAGAUUCAAUUUGGAUUCUGGUUGUUGCUCCUUUUAUCGUCUUUAUAAUAGUUAUCCUGGUAUUUGUAUAUUGGCAUAAUAAGAAGAAUCCAUGUAAGAGAAAAAGCAUAAUGUUACCUAAGUCCUUGCUCUCUGUGGUAAGAAAUGUCACUUCAGAGACAAAACCUGAAUCAAAAUAUGUGUCACUUGUUACAACGUGCCAGCCAGCUCUCCUUGAGAACGAGAGAGUAAUCUGUGAAGAACGCUUGUCCACAACGACGGCUCCAGACAAGCCAGGAGCCGCAGAACAUGAACUUUCAAAAGAAGCAGAGGCCAUGAUCACUGAAGGAAGCACGUCUCCUGUGACCUCUGACAGUCCUCCAACUCCAAUACGAAGAGGCAGUUUUUUCCAUUUAAGUAGCGACCAGUCAGGCCCCUGCAGCACUGCCACCUGUCACUCCAGACAUGGCUCUGACAGUGGCCUGGUGGGAUCAGGCAGCUCUGGAUCUGACUCCGAAGUUCUCCCACAUACCCCAGAAACAAAGGCUGUAGGGCAAGACCCCACCCCCGUGAGAAAGGCCCCCACCUCUUUUGGUUAUGAUAAACCCCACGUGUUGGUGGACGUGCCCGUGGAUGGCGGCGGGAAGGAGUCCUUGAUUGGGUACAGACUCACAGGAGAUGCCCCUGAACUGUGCUAAGACCACCCAGGUCCUGCCGGUGGUGAAGGCCUGCUUUGAUUUCAGGAAUGAUGUACCUUUGCUGAUACUAACCAUAUAAAAUGGCUGAUUUCUCUCCGUGUGGAAGGAACCUGUGCCAGUUUACUCUGUCAAAGGCACGUAAUGUUGCUUAUGAGCCCCUUUCUGGAUGUGUUAGCAGUAGUGAAUUUUACUCUACUAAUCUUGCUCCCUGCAGCCACUGCCCCUCCAUCCUAUAACCUCAAGGAACAUGGUGGGCUUUUUUUUUUUUUUCAAACACCUUCGUAUUUCUAAGUUCAUGUAUAUAGUAUGUUUACAUUUUUCACUUUGAAGGAAAAGCUGAGGGCUACGUAAAGUGAAUUCAGGCAGAUAGAAUCUGAUGGAACACAUCAUACAAGCAUGUACAUAUUUUUUUUUUAUGGAGCAUUACUUGUGAUUUUUAAGUAAAAUGUUUUGAAACCAAAA